AUAACCUAAAAUUUAAUAGAAAAAGUCAUAACAUAAUAAUUCGAUAAACGAUAAGUCCCAACGAACCAAGAAAAGGAACACUAUUUUUGGCAACUAGAAACUUGUGAUUUUUCUUCUAAAUCACCAAUGUUUGGACCUCUAAGUUUUCCUUCGCCAAGGAAGGAUGUGAAAGAUAUUUCAACUGAAAACUCAUCCUCUGUCAGUACUUGUCUUUUAUGCGAGAGAAAAUUUAACCUUGUUUUGCAGCAAGAUGACUUUCUACAGCACAUAUUCGAUUCUCAUAAAUUAGUCAUUGCUGAUGUACCUCUAGUAGCUAACUUAGAAAGAUAUGUUAGCUAUUGGAGAAUGAGAAUGAAAGACAACCCAUUAAAAGAAUUUUGCUCUACAGUCUUUGUUGAUGUUGAGAAAGAAGGUAAAAUUUUCCCCAAUGAAAAAUAUUUCCUCUUAUCAGAUGUCUUACCAGAGGACAGACAACUAAGGGAAGGUCUUCAACAACAAAGAUUGGAAUGGGCGUUAGAGCAACAAAAGGUGGAAAGGGAAGACAACAAUUUCUCGAGGGGCUGUCUUUUUUGCACCAGCCACAUAUGUGGUACAAGGGCUCUUUAUUUAGACCACCUGGCUUCUCAACAUAACCUCCAACUUGGCCAUCCACAUAACCUGGUGUUUAUAGACGAGCUUAUAAACAAACUGCAUGAGAAAAUUGAAAGGCUUCAGUGUUUCUAUUGUGAAAAAGUUUUUAAGGAUAGGAACGUCUUAAAAGAACACAUGAGAAAGAAGAGCUGGCACAAACGUAUCAAUCCUGAAAACAAAGAAUAUGACAGGUUUUACAUAGUGAAUUAUUUAGAAGCUGGGAAAACAUGGAAGGAACAUCAGGGAGUUGAGGCUCGUGAUUUGUCGAGCAAUGAGGACGCAGAGUGGUCGGACUGGACAGAAGACACAGGAGACGCCAUUGUGUGUCUGUUAUGUCAUCACUCUGACAACAGUUGGGACGAUGUCAACACCCACAUGCUCUCACAUGGCUUCCACUACGAACAACUCACUAAUGGGCUCGACUUCUAUCAACAGGUGAAGUUAGUGAACUAUAUCCGUCGACAGGUGCACAGACUAGCUUGUAUCAUAUGUGAUGAGAAGUUUGAGUCAUCCGAGUCACUGUUGAGUCACAUGACUCAGGCUGGCCAUCUUACUUUGCCUCAUUGUCUGCUAUGGGAUCAGCCUGAAUACUAUUUCCCGACAUAUGAAAAUGAUCUCUUCCUUUGUCAAAUUGAAGAUUCUAAAGAUGCUGAAGAAGAGGAGUUGAAAGAAAAGCUAGUCUCAAAACAUCUGACAGAAAACAAGGAAUUAAUAGAACAGUUUCAGAAAUUGCUUUGUGAUUUAUGAUUGAAAUCAACAUGUUUCUCCAAUAUUUUGUGUAUUCCUCUUUGAUGGAAAAGGGUAUGAAAAGAUUACCAGCAAUUUGUUCAGAGAGAAGUUGUAAGCGUAACAUAAUCUGUUCAAAUGCUUGUUGUGCUUAGCCUAAAUUAAAAACACAUUCUGCUUGAAAAAGAAUCAGUAAAACAUCUUCAAUAAGUUUCAAUGAUGCAAAUAUAUCAAUUUAUAUAUUUAUAUAUCAUAUUCCUAUGAUAAUAAUUCUUGCCUUCAUCAGUUAAAUUAAUCCUUCAAUAUUUUAUGUGUGCAUUUUUUUCUGUGUCAUUGGCAACCUUUUUUUAAGGCAGAUGUAUUUAUUUUUAUUAAUACAUUUUUUUCUCGGUAUUUAAAAACUGAAGGAGUCAUUUUGUAAUUAAAAGACAGAGUAUUUACUUUGAAAUUGUUAUCAUCAAACUUUCUUUAAGGGAAAAAGGGGCCACUCCAACACAUUGUACAGUACACUUAUAUCACACGGAAAUAGUUUGUGUUUUCAUGGUUCCGUAAUCAAUCAUUUGCAGAGAGAGAUUUAAGUUAACACAGAAUUUUGGACGAAUGAAUCUCGAAUAUUUGACACCAUUGUAUUGGCAAAAGAUCGUAAGAAAAACUUAUUAAUGUAAAAAAAAUGUGUCCAAGGAGAUGAUUGUGUACAGAUUUUUGGUGUAUGCAGGGCCGUCCGAAGGGGGGGGCAACCGGGGCAAGUUGCCUCGGGCGCCGCGGCUGAGGGGGCGCCUUGGCUAAGGGGGCGCCGCGCAGCGGCCAUAGGUAUCAACGCACAGGUCCCGAAAUUUCAGGGAAUUUUCGGGAAAAAAUAUUCCCGAUUUUCGGGACGGGAUUUGAUCCGAUCAUCGUCAAUUUUGACGCUUCGCGAGUGAAAAUGACGCUGCUAUCGCGAGAGAUGUUCACGGUAAUUCCACAAACGCAGGAGCCAAAGUCAUUACAACGAUCGCACCGUGACCGCAAGUCAUUUGGACGAUCGCGCUGUGACCGCGGAGUCAUACCAACGAUUGCAUUGUGACCGCGGAGUCAAACAGACAUUCGCGCCGUAACCGCGAGUCAUACCGCCGAUUUCGCCAUGACCGCGAGUCAUACCGACGAUCACGCUGUGACCGCGAGUCAUACCGAUGAUAACGCUGUGACGGCGAGACAUUUCGACCGCGAGUCACAAGUUUCUAUACCUGUAAAUUUUUACCCUUUUUUGCUUUUGAUAGAUCAGUGCCACAAAUUGUAAAAUUGAUUUCGUUUGUCUUUUUUGGUACCUAACUGCAAUACUCAAGACUUUUUAUGCACAUGAAAAAAUCCCGUCCCGUCCCGAAUUAAAAGUUCAAUCCCGUGCACCCCUAAUUAACAUAGUAUAAAAACAUGCGAAUGCGACUACUACUGGGGGGGGGGGGGGGGGGGCGCCACGACCACAUUUACUCCGGGCGCCGCAAACCUUAGGGACGGCCCUGGGUGUAUGAUUAAAUACAAAUUUUUGAACUACCUAUAUUGUGAUCAUUAGUUCCAUAUGAUAUUUUUUUAGAUCUGGAGUACCAUUAUGCUUGGAGGCCAAGUGGCUUGUUAAUUACUGAAUCAAAUAUAUUUAUUGUUAUUGA